UUCCACUUCUGCUGCGCAAUCGGAAGCGCGGAUUUGGACUUUAGUGUAGACGCCAAGGGAAGUGACGCCUCCGCCAUUUGCCAAACCAUUAGCCAGUUUAUAGUCGUCAGCAAAUUUGUGAUUGCCCUCUAACUUUCUGAGUUAUUUUGCAAUAUUUUUAGUCCGAUUAAAAUGGCGAAUAGAAGAUUUGGUGGUGGUCCACCUCAAAAACUAGGUGGUUUUGCUCAACAAAACUUUCAAGGCAACAAAAUGAGCCCCUGGCAGGGGGGCGCGGCACCCAACAAUUCCGGAAAUAGCGGUCUGCUAUCUCAACUGUCAACUCCUCAGCAAUUAGCUCUAGCUCUCACUAAUCUGUUACAAAACCAGCCACCACAGAAUAAUAAUCCUCCGUCGUUACUUUCGUUGCCUACAACUCCAGGCUAUAAUAAUCAAGAUAAUUUCGGUUCUGAUAAUCGCUUUAAUCGCGGUCGUGAUUUCAGGCGACCCGAUCCUUACAAUAAGAACCGCACCGGUGGUUGGCGUGACAAUUCCACUAGACCGACGGGAACUUUCGGUGGUAGGCCUGCUUCAGGCCGAAGUAAUUCUCGAUCUAAUUUCGGAAGCAGAGAUCGCAAGUCACCUCUAAGAGGAGGUAAAGGUAAAAAUGAUGGUAAAAUUCAAGGAGGCAAGGGUAAAGCCCCAAAGGCUAAUGAUUCUUCUAAAACGCAACAAAAGGAUGGCGAUAUUUCUAAUGACACUACCAGGAGUGAAGAAAUUGUGGAUGGGGAAAACAAAGAGGAUGGCGCAAAUGAGAGCGCUACUGACUGUAUCGACUUAUCCGACGAUAAGGAGACUGGUGGUGAGAAAAAGGAGAAGAAACCGCGUGAGGGCCGCUAUCAUGGUGUGCCGCCCAAUCUCUUACAUUGCUUUGUGUGCAAUAAAAGUAUGUGGGAUGGCGAGUCGUUUCAGAACCAUAUAAGAGGCAAGGCACAUAAGCAGAUGAUGGACAGCCUUGGUCAAAGUUUUCAAAUUACGGUUAACAUUUUGCGUGAAAAUAUGCGUCUCGUAGAAGAGAAGAAAAUGAUCGAGUUGGAACGGAUGAAUCGUAACAGUCGCAAUUUCCAUCGCCAUCCACAAGAUCAAACAAGCCAUUGUAACAUGUGUGAUUUGAAAUUCCUCGGUAAGAUUAUCGCCCAUCGUAAAACUGACGGACAUCAACGUCUGAAACGGUUCUUACAUCCAAAAUGCCACUAUUGCUCUCAAGAAUUUCCGUCACGUAUGGAGUGGGUGGAUCAUCGCUUCACUCCGGAUCAUUUAAGAAAAAUUAAAGAAUAUUUGGACUCACGCACAGGUGAAGAAGAAGGCGCUCCAAUCGAAGAGCAAGAGACUGAAAUUGACAACGAUCCUCUACUGGAUGAAAGCUUACAGACCGAAGAUGAGAAUCCCAUCCUCGAAUUGACCGACGAUUUGAAAGACUUGCAUAACCGUAUACCUGCAUAUAAACCAUCUAGGCCGAUUUCUACAAACAGCGUUCAACCGUCGUCAGGAUUUUAUUGUGACAUUUGCAUUAGAUUUAUGACCACCGAAACUGCGGCUAAGGAACAUCUAAAAACGGAGAGACAUUAUCAAUCAUUUGUGGAGACUGCUAAACGUCAAUUCAAACGCAUGGCAGAUGAGGAGAAGGAGAAGGAAAAAGAGGAGGCACGUCGCCGCAAAGCCGAAGAGGAGGCAGAAGGAAAUGAAGAGGCCAAAAAACCUAAGACUGACGAUGCAAAUGGCGAUGAGAUGUAUGAUCCCGAAGAAGCCUGUCAAGAUAAUGAUACAUCAGAGAAUACACCUAUGGAAGAAGAAGAUACACCAAAAGAGGAGGAUGACAAGAACACGUCGAAUGUUAAAGAGGAGGUUGUAAUAGAGGAAGAGGAGGAGGAUAAAAAAGCUUCUGGUGGCCCACCUAUGGGAGGUGGUCGUGGGCGACGUGGGGGUGGAGCAGUUAGAAAUGGUGCGGGACCUAGAAGUAAAACCCGACGUGGGGGAAAGUGAAGAAACCUCUAUUCUAUUCGACUCUCAUUGUGUAGCGCUAUGCAAGUUUCAUUUUGAAACUGCUUAUUGUGUAGUUUUUUAAUUUUACGUUGUAAUCCAACAUUUGACGUAUUGCUAUUUGAGUUAUUUGUAAUUGUAUGAAUGUUUUAUGUACUUUUCACAUUUUUAGUGAAUGAACAAAGAUAUUUUGUUUGAGUAAUGAAUGUGUCAUGACAGUGAAUUAUAAAAUAUGAUUAUGUAGGCUAAACAUUUAAUGAAAUACAUCUUCAAGUUGAA